AUGCUAUUUGAAUUACUUGGAUACCAACAGACGCAGAGACAGACGGGAUCUGAUCUGUUGAGAAUCUUUGCCAAUAUCUUUUGUUCUGGAUCCACUCCAAGCUCCAUUGGACCCAUUUGUGAGGCGUGUGUGAGGAGGGCAGACAUGGCCAACAUGGCGGGGCAGGUCCUGGGCUUCUUCUUGGGGGUGCUGGGGUUUGUGGGAACUGUAGUGUCUACCGUCCUGCCACAUUGGAGGAGCACUGCUUAUGUGGGCUCAAACAUCAUCACCGCCACGUCCUACAUGAAGGGCCUGUGGAUGGAGUGUGUGUGGCACAGCACGGGCAUCUAUCAGUGUGAGGUGUACCGCUCCAUGCUAGCACUGCCCCGCGACCUGCAGGCGGCCCGAGCUCUCAUGGUCCUGUCUUGCAUCACCUCUGUCCUGGCUGCUGUGGUUUGCGUUUUGGGGAUGAAGUGCACACAUUUCGCACACCACUCCAUCAUCAAGACUCCCCUGGCUCUGAGUGGAGGGAUCUGCUUCAUCUGUGCCGGUAUCCUCUGCCUGGUCACCGUUGUAUGGACCACCAACGACGUAAUAAUGGAGUUCUAUGACCCGUUCCUCCCAUCCGGGUUUAAAUAUGAGAUAGGGUUGUGUGUGUACAUUGGCUACGCCGCAUCGUGCCUCAGUCUGGUGGCCGGGCUGGUGAUUUGUUGGAGCAGCGGUGGGAGAAGUCGGUCCAGACGUCCAGAGUUUCACACACAGAGGAGUCAACCUGUGUCCCCUCCUCCAGCUUUCAACAAUAUCUACCCUCCCGCUCCUCCCUACAACCCCCCAGAGGCACUGAAGGAUAACCGUGCUCCUUCGAUGACCUCUUUGUCCAGUAAUGGAUACAGACUCAAUAACUAUGUUUAA